AUGAAUAAGCAUCGUCACCCAAACUUGCCUUCCAUAUCUACCUUAUUAAAAGGACCACCUUCUCCUCCUCCGCCUAUUAUUGUCAUAAAUGAAGAACAAACGUCCUCUUGUUCGCCAAAAAGAUAUCAGCUUUCACCUAUUUUAUCACCUAUUGACUCGUAUACUUCAUCACCCAACUCAAGCUCAUUUCAAUCACCUCUUUCGCCCCUUCCUUCACCCUCGCUACUCUCAUUACCUACUCAAAAUAGUUCACUCCCUCCACUUCAAGGUGAUGAUCCGCCUCGAAGACUAAGACAUCCUUCAGUAUCUUCUGUUGGCUCUAUCUCAAGUAUCACCUCACCCAAGCCAUCUUCUUUUAAUCUUCCUUUAUGGACUAACAUGUUAAGUCCAAUAUCCCAAGCGCAAAAACCCUAUACACAUACAUCACCUCCAUCUUACUGUUCUUCUCCACAACAACAAGACAAAGGUAUGAUGCUAUCAGAUCAAUCAAGGUCUCCUUCUCCUAUCAUGGAGUCUUUGCCUCCUACUACACAAAUCAUCAUGUCUGAAUCUGGCCAACCUAUCCUUAAACGAAGAAGAGGUCGUCCUCCAAGUUUAAGAGAACCUGCACUUGAAGGUGGCUGGACAUUUUUGACACCUACUGUUUGGGACGUAAAGAACAAUUUAUCUGAAGAAGAAGACCAGGAAGACCAAGAAAACCUCUCAUCAGAUCCAUUGCGCCAGCGACAGCAAGGUCAAACAAAAACCCCAAACAACACUGAUUUGGUCAUGAAUGGAUCUAUGGCGGCCUUUACCAGUUCAAAUAUGGAUAUGGUGCUACAAAUGCCACGUAAGAAAAGAGGCCGAAAGCCCAAAACACAUAUUGUAGGCAAUUCAUGUUUUGUCUGGAAAGACAUUACUGCUUCAAAGAGAGCUUCCAAAGUAGCUAAACAACAAAAGCAACAACAACAAAAACCGAAUCUCAGACGAUUGGAACCAACAGUCUAA